AUGCCACCCGAGUAUGCCAUGGAAGGAAUUUUCUCAGUGAAAUUAGAUGUUUAUAGCUUUGGGGUCCUACUGUUGGAGAUUGUGAGCGGCCGGAAGAACAAAAGCUUUCAUCAUAACCAUGGUGCCUUUGCCAUAAACCUGGCAGGAUACGCUUGGGAGCUAUGGAAAGAAGGUACUAGCUUGGAGCUAGUGGAUCCAAUGCUGGAGGAUUCCUACUCAACAACCCAAAUGUUGAGAUGCAUUCAUAUUGCUCUCUUGUGUGUACAGGAGAGUGCAGAAGAUAGGCCUACAAUGUCAGCUGUUAUCUCCAUGCUCACCAACGAAACUAUGCCCUUACCAAACCCAAAUCUGCCCGCAUUUUCCACUCAUCAUAAAGUGUCAGAGCUAGAUUCACACAAAGGCAGGCCAGAGAGCUAUUCUGGAAAUGUAACUAUUUCAGAGAUGGAAGGUCGGUAAAGAAGAGAAUUU